AUGCCUCAGACACAUAAGCAAAUAUGCAUCCCCCCGGAGCUGCCGGAAUUGCUGAAGCAAUUUACCAAAGCCGCCAUUCGGACACAGCCGCAAGAUCUCAUCCAGUGGGCCGCCGAUUAUUUUGGAGCUAUGUCCCGUGGAGAGAUUCCUCCAGUGAGAGAGCGGUCUGAGCGAGUGACUUUGUCUAACUGGGCUGAGCUUACACCGGACCUGUUAAAGAUCCUGCAUUCUAGGGUUGCUGGCAGACUGAUCGUCCAUGCAGAUGAGCUGGCCCAGAUGUGGAAGGUGCUGAAUCUCCCACCCAACCUGUUUAAUAGUGUGAUGAAUGUGGGCCGCUUCACGGAGGAGAUUGAGUGGCUGAAGUUUCUAGCCCUUUCUUGCAGCUCUCUUGGAGUUACCAUUGCCAGAACUCUCAAGAUAGUGUGUGAAGUGCUAUCAUCUGACCACGAUGGCGGCCCUCCCCGGAUCCCUUUCAGCACCUUCCAGUUUCUCUACACGUAUAUCGCUGAAGUGGAUGGGGAGAUCUCUGCCUCACACGUCAGUCGAAUGCUCAACUACAUUGAACAGGAAGUUAUUGGUCCUGAUGGUUUAAUCAAGGUGAGUGACUUUACCCAAAACCCCAGGGUUCGGCUGGAGUAAAAGCACAGUUUUGG